AUGUUCUACGUUAGGGUUCUUUCGGGCUACGAAGAGCGCAGAAUCCGAUCUUAUCGUUUACAGCUCCAACAACGCCUCCAACAGGCACAAGAGAGGAAAACAGAAAUCAGAAAGGUCCCUGAACAAAUAAUUUUGUCGGAGGUGCGGCGUAUGGUCGAGGAAAUGAAAGCUUUGAAUAAGAAGUUAGACGAAACCGAGGCUGCCAUUGAAGAGUACUUUAAGCCGAUUGACAAGGAAGCAGAGAUGAUAAUGAAAGUGCAGCUCGAAGGAGAGGAGAAAUCAAUGAAGGAGAUGAUGAAGGCCAUGCAAAAACAGGCUUCUUUCGAGGCAGCUGAAGCAGAAAAAACUGGUCGUCUGCAAAAUGCUGAUACCGACCAACAUAAUAAGGAGAAAAUGUCUACAAGCAAGCAUACCGAAGUAAGAUAA